AUGGAUUGUACAGGGGAAGCCCCUCAAGGGGGGGCGAUCGAUACGCAUACGGAGAGAGAUGAUUCAGCGAUCAUUCCGUUAAGCAAUACCAGGUUGACUUGGGGAGUGGAACUGGAGUUUGUUUUUGCUUUCCAUGAAAGCCAGCUUGAGUUGAGCCCCGUAGUUCUUCUCGAUGGAGUCUCGCAUCCAAGUACACCCCAGAAAAAUCUUCCAUACAAGUUCAGAAGGGAUACCAAUGGGUUCAAGAACGAAAUCCCCAGGGUCGCGCUACCGAACCGAGUCUACAAUAGCUGGGGGGUAUACAAUGAACACAGACAUAGUAACAAGAAGACCAUACCUUACCAAUGGCAGGUACACAACAUCCUGGAUAAAGUGCUGGAUGAAAAAUGCUCGACAAUCAAUCACCACAUCGAGAUGGCCCAUUCAAUUGACGAGAAAGAGGAGAUCAUGUAUAACGAAUGGCUUAUAAUGCGUGACCACAGCGUCUGCGGGGUUGGCUCACAAAAUAUCCCAACAUGGCUUCCUCGAGUGCAGUCAACGACAAAUUGGGACUCGUAUGGACUCGAGCUUGUCUCUCCGAUCUUCGGUACUGAUUCAAAUCAAGGAUUCAACGAAAUUGCUCAGAUUUUGGAAGCCACGAAAGGGACAUCCUCCGAGCUGACAGGAGCUUUUAUAACGAAUCAAUGUGGACUUCACGUCCACAUCCAAGCACCCACUGACCUCCAGGUCCUCAAGGAGCUAGCAGUUCUUGCCAUCGUCUACGAAUCCGAAAUCUCCAAACUCCAUCCACAUUGCCGCCGUCCUGAACAUCUCAAUGCUCGUUAUAACAUCGAGAGCAACCGGCUUCGAUUCCUCCAUAAAGACAAAGAACGUAGGGCUCGACACACAUAUGGCGAUCUCGACGUUUCCAACACAGCGCUUGCCAGACAGCCGGAUGAUUUCCUCGACACGGUUAGGGAGCAAAUCAAUAAUUGCUCGGAUGCCAAGGAAUUGGCACUUCUGAUGAAUUGGCCGAACCAUGGCUUGGGCCAUGAACUUGGGAAUAGAAGCCGGCAAGUGAACUUCACAGCCGCUGCGCGUCCCAAGACUGCUCCAUAUACGAUUGAAUUUCGCCAAGCUCGCGGCGCCUUGAAUGCCACAGGUGUGAGGAAAUGGGUCGAGUUUUGCAUUGGUUUGGUUCGAGUAGCGCAAUUUUAUGUUGAUAAUCCGGGGAGGUUCCCGAUGAAAAGUUUCAAGAGUUUUUUGGUUGAUGGAGAUGAAGAGUCGGUAACUGAGAGGUUUUAUAUCUUGGAUUUAAUGUGGGACAUGGGGAUGAGUGAGGAGGAUAAGAGCUAUUGGAGGACGAGGAUGGCGAGAUUUGCGGGGAAAGGGGGACGGCUGGAUAGGUUGGAUAACGAGAAGGAGCCGGAAGAGGGACAGGAGGGGCAGGGUAUUUCUGGAGACGGUGGCGGCAGUGAUUCUGAUGAUCCAGGGGAAGGCCCAUCUGGUGGUGAUGGCCAGGGAGAUAAUUCUGGAAGUGGUUCCCAGGGCGGAAGUGAUUCUAGAGGGAACAACUCAGAGGGAAACAACGGUGGCAGCAGUGGAGGGAGCGGUGCCCAAUCACCGCCCCCUCCCAAUUGGCGUAUGAAACCGUCCCCCAAGACAGGUGACAAAAGACCAACUGGAGAUGACGAAGAGAACGACGAAGACCAGCAGGGGCCUGGCUCCAAGAAACAGAACAUGAAUGGAGGUGGACGAUCUGACAGUAAGGGAAACAGUUCAAGAAUUGACCAAUCUGGCGGUGACUCAACCAGAGGUGACAAGUCAGAGAGAAGCCAUGUCGGAGGAAAUAAACAUUCUCCUAAGACUGGUGACAAAAGACCAGCGGGUGGUGACGAUGAUGAUGAAGGCCACGAUGGCCAACAGAAACUUGACUCCAAGAGACAGAGGAAGGAGAGUCUGAAGGAAGGCGGAGAGGACGAAGAUAAAUCGGGAGCGAACCACUGGCUUCCAUUACCCCAAACUAACCUUGCGAGAAUGGCAACGACUCUUGCAGUUGUUCUAGGCUAUUUUGCGCCAUUCAUGGCCGCUUUAUUUGUAUCUGCAGCUCCGGCCGCCCCAACACUUCCCGAAGCACCUCUCGAUGGUGAAGCGCCACCUUCUGCCUCAGCACCCGUAAUUCCACCCGACUUUGGGAGACCUACGGAGGGAAUGAUAGCCCCGAUUGGAAGCAUGUCUCCAGAUGAAGCACACGUCUUUCUUGACUCUGUCUGGGCAGUCAAAGACUUCGACAAGAGAUGGUGGAUGGCGAAGUGGACGGAUACCAAUAUUCAAACACCAACCGGAACGCGAAACUUCGUCUGCGCCAUCAACGCCAUACUCCAGUCCAUGCGUGACCAAUAUCCAGACUCACCAUACGGAGAGAUAGAGGCACAUGAACUCCUGGCUCUGUUUGAUCGUCUCGUUGGCCGAAUGGUCUGCAAUGAUGAAGAUGACCAAGAGCUUGCCACGGUUGUGGAUAGGUGGACUGGCGGCGAAUAUCAGAUUAUCGUCGUUCCUGAUGCUCUUAACCAUAAUAUCGCUCAUAGGGGUGGGUUUUUGAGCCAGUACCCGCAGCAGCACUUGUUUGGACGCAAUUUGUAUGUUCAUCACCAAGUAGUUAAGAAUGGAAAAGGAGGUGGGCAUUGGGAGAGCAUGUUCAGGAGGGAAACCCAUAGGGGCGGUUGAUGACAACAAUGUUUAAUAAGUUUGAUGGCGGUUUACUAAGUGGUAAUCCUGCUUCUUAUCAUUUGCACUGAGGUGAACCCAGGGGGCACGAUGCUUUGGUUUAGACGCUUGAUAGGAGUGCAAUUUACAAUAUAAUUUGCUGUAAUAAGC